AUGCUAAUGAACAAUUUUAAGGACAAAUAUCCAUCUGAAUGGGAGGAGUUGUGCGAUUCUUUGCCUUUGAAGUUGGAAAAAAAUCUCGAUGAAUGCAGUGCCGAUAUAAUGUGCGCUGCACUCGACGUCGCCCACAUACUUCAUUUAUUUCGUGAUAUUCCAUUUGUUCUACCUGUGAACCAUGGAUAUGGCCACCAUCAUAUCACCUAUAAUUUCUCUAAUGCACGAAAAUAUCCACCAUGUGAACACGAAUGCGAUCACGAAAAUAAGAGUUAUGAGAAACACUUUGUGAAGCCGAUUGUAACAGCAUUGGACGUUAUCGUACAGAUAUCAGAAGGCCUGGACGUGUCGGACAUUGUUCUGUACAGUGAUCUUAUCCUUCGAUUACUUCAUUUCAUAGAAGAUUUCGAGCAGCAUUCCUUCCGUGUCCUUAUUAUGAAUAGAUGCCUGGAUAUUCUUCAUAAGUUUCCAAGCUGUCCAAGAUGUUUGCUUAUUAAAUGUCUCAUAUCACAAGUGCUAAGUUCUAGUGAUUUGUCUUUGGAUAACGAGUCCUCUAUCGUAGCCUUGUUUAUCGAUCAAUAUCGAAGACAUCUGAUCGAAGAACCGUUUCAAAAAGAGCUGGGCAGCUUUUUCGGGAUGUUGGAAGACGUACGCUAUGCGAAUAUGUGUGAAGCGAGUAAUUACUACGUGUCCAUAUUUACGCUGGUGCAAUUUGUAGCUCUACAGAGGUUUAAUCUAGCGAUGUUAGCAGAAGUGAAGACACGUAUUCUAGACCGUGUCUACAGCCAGAUAUCUGACUAUAUUCAGUUGGAAGAAAUGCGAGAGAAAGAAAAGAGAGAUAGAAAAACAGCUACUCCAAGACUUCCAGAAAGUGCUUUUGAUGUCGCCAUUAAGACACCAUUUGAAGGAUCUCCGACAGAUCAAAUCCAGCUGUUGUUGUUCAACCACGAGCAGGCCAAGCAAUGUAUCUCAGCUGUUCUCGACUCCCUACCCUGA